CAGCACCGUCACUCGCUCAGUCGCAUCGACUCACCGACUUGGAAACCAGAGCUUCAGCGGAGAUAGCAGGCAUUUCCUCACCGCCUCAGGCUAACUCGCUCUCGGCUUUGGUUCAGGAUGGAGACCCGCUCGACUACGCGGAGCUGCCGGCGUUCCAGCACUCGUACCUUCAAGAGUGGUCUGUCCCUGUGGCUGGUCCUGUGGCUGGUGCUGGUGAAGCCGGCCCCCGCCCGUGGGUGCCCGCGCCUGUGCGUGUGCUACCCCUCCCCCAUGACGGUCAGCUGCCAGGCGCAGAACUUCACCUCCGUGCCAGCUGGCGUGCCGUAUGACUCGCAGCGCGUCUUCCUGCAGAACAACCGCAUCACUGAGCUGCGGGUCGACUCCUUCGGCUUCCAGACUCAGGUGCUGUGGCUCUACUCCAAUAACAUCACCUGGAUUGAGGCGGGAGCCUUCAGUGAGCUGAGGGAGCUGGAGGAGCUGGACCUGGGGGACAACCCCCACCUGCACCGGCUGGAGGGCGGGGCCUUCCGGGGCCUGGAGAAGCUGCAGAGCCUGCACAUGCACCGCUGCCGGCUGGCCGCCCUGCCCCACGACAUCUUCCGCAAGCUCUACAGCCUGCACUUCCUGUACCUGCAGGAGAAUCAGCUGCACUUCCUGCAGGACGACCUCUUCUCCGACCUGGUCAACCUCAGCCAGCUCUUCCUGCACGGCAACCGCAUCCGCACCCUCUCCGAGAACGUGUUCAGGGGCCUGGUCAACCUGGACCGCCUGCUCGUGCACGACAACCGCGUGCGGCAGGUGCACCGCAAGGCCUUCCGCGACCUGGGCCGGCUCACCAUGCUCUUCCUCUUCAACAACUCCCUGGCGGAGCUGCCCGGGCAGCCGCUGCGCGACCUGGGCUCCAUCGAGUUCCUGCGGCUGAACGGGAACCCCUGGUCCUGCGGCUGCGAGGCCCGGCCGCUCUGGGAGUUCUUCCGCCAGUCCCGCGUGUCCAGCUCCGAGGUGCUGUGCUCCUCUCCGUCCCCCCGCCGCGGCCAGGACCUGCGCUUCCUGCGCGAGAUGGACUUCGCCCUCUGCCCGCUGCCCGACCCCGGCUCCCUGGCCGGCACCACCACCACCACCUUCAGCACCAAGACCCGCUGGUGGUUCUCCAAGGCCAAGGCCGCCGCCUCCACCAAGUCCUCCUACGCCAAGACCUCCGAGGCCGUCAAGGCCUUCCCCUUCGCGGUCAAGCCCCUCCUCGGCCCCUCCACCUCCUCCUCCUCCUCCUCCUUCCCCUCCAAGUACGAGCUGGCAGAGGAGGAGGCGGCGCUGCCCAAGCUGGACCCAGAGGAGUACUGGGCCAACUAUGGGAACGAGGACGCCUCCUCCGUGCGCUGCUUCGAGCUGGAGUGCCCGCCCGGCUUUGACUCUCCCGGCCUUCCUCCCUCUUCCUCCUCCUCUCCCCUGCUCUCCUUCCUCUCUGUUUCCCUCUCCCUCCUCGCUUUGUCCAUUCAUCUACUCUUCGGCUGAGUCUGUCCUUCAGUCGGACACCCUCUCCUUCGAUGGGACGUCCCCUCCCACCGCCACCUCCUUUCUCCAAACUGUGCUCCCUUUCUUUCCUCUACGGCUUCUGCAGACCUGUACCUUGAUCCAUUUUUAAGGUUACCCCCACCCCCUACACCUCCAUAUGGGGGUGAUGCAGACACUAGAGGGCAGUAGGGAGACUGAGCUGGUGGGGCUCAUGGUAGAGAACAGAUACAGGUAGAGGAAGCAUAAAAUCAGUCAGCACUGGACUGUUACUGCUUUUUAAAAAAAUGUUUUUUUUGAAAAAGCUAAUCUAUCUACUGUUGCUGUUUAGCAUUUUAGUAUUUCAGCAUUCACAGGAACAACUCUGAUGUGUAAUAACAUCCCUGGUGCUGUCACCUGGGCUUUUUACAGCUAUCGCUAAUGCUGAUGCUAAUGCUAACACCAGUGCCACCUCUACAGCUAUGACUACUUCUGUUCUAUGCUUUUUUUCUUUUUGCUAAUGUACUGCUACUGUAAUGUACUGCAGCCGCUGUCGCCUCUGCUACUGUUAUUGCUAGUGCUAAUUGUUAGUUAGCAUUGAUGCUAGUUAGCCUGGCCUCGGACGUUGCCAUGGCGACUGUGCCAUGGCUGCCGCUGGCCUAGGGGUCAGGGGGUGGUGGAUGUUUCUGGAUUUGCCCUGGCGUUGCUGUAAGGCCGCUAAUCUCUUUCACGGGCAGCCAUAAGGCGUCUCCGAGGGCAACCAGUUUCCCACAGAGACCGUACUGGCAGCAGAACCUUAGCGCUAACUCCGCUGAUCUGCUCCAUCGCGCCUCCCCCUCGCCGCCGCAAAACAACCAUCACUGCUGUGCAACAGUCCAUUUACUGUAAAAAAUACACACACACACACACACUCACACUCACACUCACACUCACACUCACACACACACACUCACACACGCACACACACACACACACACACACACACACUCACACAUCGUAUAGAAAGAGUGUGUCUGUUCUCAGGGCAGUGAAAGACAGCUUACUGUGAGAGAGGGCAGAAUGCUGCUCAGGGCUGUGACACUAGUACUGUACUUCACAGAGACACUCAACAUAUGCAAACAGAGAGAGAGAGAGGGAGAGAGAGAGAAAAAGCAAUAGCGAGAGAGGGAAGGCGAGAGAGAGAGAGAGAGAAAUAGCAAUAGCGAGAGAGGGAAGGCGAGAGAGAGAGAGAGAAAUAGCAAUAGAGAGAGAGGGAAGGCGAUACAGAGAUAUAGAAUCAGAGAAAUGUAGUAAGAUGAGGAUGGUGAAGAAAAGCGCUAAAGAGGAUUUGACAGACGGAGAGACAGGGGGAGAAAGUGGAGUAGAAAGAGAGGGAGAUCUGAGAGAGAGCAGAGAAAAAGGCUGAGUGUGAGAGACAGAGAGAGAGAGAGAGGCUGAGUGUGAGAGACAGAAAGUGUUUGCACACAAGCACAGCGAAGAGAGGGCUGGCCCGGAGAAACAGAGGAAAGCAGAAAAUGUGUUUUUAUAGAAACUGUCGCUCGUAAUUCUCAAUCCAUUCAUACAAAACACAUCUCACAUCUCACAUGCUGUAAAUAUGGCUGUGCGUUCCUUUGUGUUUAGAGAGCAGUGAACCUGUGCAGGUGGAUGCAGUGUUGUAUGUUCUCUGAAAAAAAGGUGUGUGUGUGUGAGCUGGGACUGGACAGCCAGCUGAUUCAUAUUUUAUCAUUCUUGUACUUAUUCUUUAUGGAAAUACAGUAAACUAACUGUCUGUACAUUUUGUUUUUGAGUUCUUCUUCAGUGUUCCUUUCCUAAUUCCAGCCCAAAACAGAGCAUUAACUUUGUCCCAGAGAUUUGUAAUGGUAACGGAAAGUGAGAUUAGCUACUGCUAAUCUUACCCAUGACCCCUGACCUGUGACCCCUGACCUCUCCACACACCAUGAGACUGGACUCUAGAAAGUGUUCCAGAAAGAUUGAGCUGAACGGACAGAAUCAGGAAAAGGCGGAUGUACUGACAGACCUAACUGGCACAAUGACCAGGCACAAACGACACAAAUGUCCAGGCAAAGACAGCCCCUGUUUGACAGAUGGACAAAUAUACUGGGAGCUGACUCCAGCUGACAGACUGACACUGAUUUGGUGACUCAUUGACACACUAAAAAUGCGUUACACUGGUUAACUGCCACCUGAAUAACGGAAGCAUUAGCUGACAGACAAAUAGAUACAGACAGAUACAGAGGGAUGGACAGGCAGACAGAUGGAUAGGCAGAAAGACUGGCAGACAGACCAGGAGAUGGGGGGAUGGUGCAGGUGACUGAAGAAGGGAAGAAGAUAGGAUGAGCAAAUGAAAAGCAGACCUUCCCCUUUUCCAGGAUUCUCCUUUAGUCUAUAUUCAUCCUUCUGCUUGUCUCUCUCCUUCUGUCUCUCUCUGUCUCACUCUGUCUCUGUCUGUCUCUCUCUGUCUUCAUCCCUGUCUAUCUCUCCCUUUCUCUCUCUCUCUCUCUCUCUCUCUCUCUCUCUCUCUCUCUCUCUCUCUCUCUCUCGUCUCUCUCUCCCCCAUGCUUUUAGUGUUUCCUUGGUGAUGGUGGGGGUGAAGGUAGGCGUCUCUUCCUCUUUUGGGCACCUGCUUGUUUAUUUCUGUCUCUCCCUCCCUCCCGCUCUGUAUGUGUGGAGAACGCAGGGGUCAGGGGUCACUGUAGAUGUGCUCACUGAACACAGAGCAGGGAGCUGCAGGGUAUCUUCAGCGAGGGGAGGGACAGAGAGAGAAAGCGAGAGAGGUAGAGAGUGAAGGAGAGAGAGAGGAGAGGGAUAGAGAGAGUGAAGGAGAGAGAGAUGAGAAGGAUAGAGAGAGUGAAGGAGAGAGAGAGUGAGGAAGUGAUGGAUAGAGAGAGUGUGAGGUAGUUGGAGAAAGUGAGAGAUAGAGGAGGAGAGAGAUGGAGAGGGAGAGUGGAUAAGCAGCUUUAGCUAUAGUGACAGGAGCUACCUUUUUGCUGUCCAUCAUUUUGGAUGUUCCAUUUAUUUAUUUUACAAUCUUUUUAAAAUGCUGUCACCUUCCGGGGUGCUUGUGCUGCUUUGAAAGAGCUAAUGGACCCUGCACUACAAAGAGCUGCAGGCCAAGGCCAGCGAGCUCUGCGCGGGUCACCUCUGCGAAGACAUCACCAUGGCAACAAACAACAAUACAACAGGACACAUCCCUAUCUCCCUUUGGUCUUUCAUUUGCCUCUUGAAGUCAGAUAUACACAGAAGAAACGUGUGUGUGUGUGUGUGUGUGUGUGUGUGUGCGUGUGCGUGCACUUGUGAGUUUCUUUUUUGAAUUUGUUUCUUUUGAUUCUUUUCAGUUCUGUGAUAAUUUUAUUGUGGGGGUUUCAAACAAAAAUGAAAGGAAAAGUGACAUGCUGUCAUCUUUUAAAAAUUUGUGAACGAGACAAUAAAUGUAAUCUUUUGACAAAAGA